AUGACGACCCGCCUCGCGACGAUGCUGCUCGUGCUCCAGCCCCUCGCACGCGCCGCGACGACGACGCCCUGCGACUGCCCCUACCAGCUCGACGGCAUCUGCCACGCGUCGACCACGGCCGACGGCCUCACGGGCCCCUGCGCCUGCGACCCCUACGACUGCGGCGACCCGUGCGGCGCCGCGCUGACCUGCGAGCAGUGUCGCGACGUCCCAGGCCGCGACUGCGUCUUCUGCGCGAAGGAGGGGCUCUGCGCGGACGCGGACGCCGCGCCGACGCGGACCGCGAUGACCUCGUGGUUCGGAGCGCCUUUUUCCAAAAUCGUCGCCAACUUCGCGUGCGAGCUCGACGACUACGCGGACGCCUGCGCGCCGAGCGCCUACUCCGACCCCUAUGGGGAUGCCCAGGCCUGGUACCUCGACGCGAUGCGCGUGCCCGACGCCUGGGCCGCGGGCGUCACCGGAGCCGGCGUCGUGGUCGACGUCGUCGACGACGGCGUCGACGCGGCGCACCCGGACCUCGCGAAGCUCGACGCUUCGCGGUCCUGCGCCGCGUACCUCCCGGACGGCUCUUCGAUCGGGCACGGCACGGCGUGCGCGUCGUUGGCCGUCGGGAGCGCGAACUCGCACUGCGUCGUCGGCGUCGCCCACGGCGCGGAAGUCGCGCCCGGCGCCGGCCUGUCGUCGUGCCGCGUCUUCGGGGACGACCGCGCGUCCAUCCCCGACGCGAUCUACGACGGCGCCCGCGCCGUCGACGUGAGCUCGAACUCCUGGGGCUACGACGAGUGCGCGACGAUGCUGCCGACCUACGGCCGGCGCCUCGAGGCGUGCCCCUUCGCGGCGGGCCGCCCGUGGUCCGAGCGCUCCGCGGCGGACGUCUGCGCGACGUGCGCGGGCGAGGACUGGAACGGAGCCUUCGGCGCGGCGUGCCACACGGCCAUCGCCGAGCACUGCGAGUACCACUUCGCCGACGACGAGGACGCGUGCCGCGCGUUCGACCACCUCUACACGUCCUGCGCCGGCUACCAGAUCGGCGACCUGCCGGAGUUCGACGCGCUCGAGGCCGGCGCGCGCGAGGGCCGCGGCGGCAGGGGCGUGAUCUACGUCUGGGCCACGGGCAACGGCUACCGGUACGCGGGCGCCUACCAGCAGCUCGAGCACCUCAACAACCGCUUCGCGAUCACCGUCGGCGCCGUCGGCCGCUCCCUGCGCAAGGCGUCCUACAGCGAGGGCGGCGCGGCGACGUUCGUCGUCGCGCCCGGCGGCGACGACGACCACGUCCACGGCAUGGUCGGCGCCGUCGCGGCCGGCGCGUGCGGUUCCAUCCCGCCGGGCACGUCCUUCGCGGCGCCGCUCGUCGCCGGCGUCGCGGCGCUCGUGCUCGAGGCGAACCCGCGGCUCGGCUGGCGCGACGUCCAGGGCGUCCUCGCGUCGACGUCGCGGCGCGUCGACCUCGGGAGCGACGACUCGUGGACGACGAACCUCGCGGGCGUGAGCCACAGCUACAAGUACGGCUUCGGGCUGGUCGACGCGCUCGCCGCGGCGCGGGCGGCCCGGCGGUGGACGAACUGGCCGGAGGAGCGGAAGCUCGAGGCGACGAACGUCGCCGCGGAGACCAUCUUCGACUACGACGGGACGGAGCGCUGGGUCGAAUCGGAGAUCGCGUUCUCCGAGAAGAACGUCGCCGUCGAGUCGGUGAACGUCUUCGUGACCAUCGACCAUCCGCACCGCGGCGAGCUCUGGAUCGAGCUCGAACGCGGCGGCGUCACCUCGAUCCUCACCGACGACACGUACAACUUCGGCAACCGCUACGAGGACUGGAAGUUCCUGACGCUGCGGCACUGGGGCGAGCCCUUGGACGCGGGCCCCUUCACGCUCCGCGUCGCGGACAGGCGCCGCGGCACGACGGACGGCUCGAGCUACCCCGAGUGGGCCUUCGUCCCCCGCUGGCACGCGCUCCUGGGCUCCGACGACGACGGCGACGACGACGGCGAGCUCGUCUCGUGGCGCAUCGAAGUCUUCGGCCGCGACGUCGACCCGGACGCGUCGCCGUCGACGGCGCGCCCGACGGCCACGGCCGACGCGGCGCCGACGGGCGCCCCGACGGUCGCGCCGGACUGCGGCGCCCCCUGCGCCGAGGCGCGCUUCCAGGAAGACUACCGCGGCGCGAUCUCCGAGACCGCCACGGGGCUCCGGUGCCAGAAGUGGACGAGCCAGGCGCCGAACGCGCACGGCCGCACGCCGGCGAACUACCCCGACGCGGGCCUCGGCGACCACAACUCCUGCCGCAACCCGGACGGGGACAGCGGUCGCGCCUGGUGCUACAACGCCGAGGGCACGGACCCCCGCUGGCAGUACUGCGACGUGCCGUACUGCAGCCCUCUCUGCGACGCGGCGUCCCUCUGCGCGCGGCACGACGCGAAGCAACGGUGCCCGCCGGCGAGGUGCGAGUGGAAGAAGAAAGCGUGCCAGCCCAAGGCCGACUGCGCGUCGCUCAACAAAAGGCGGUGCAAGAAGCGCAAGAGUUCCUGUCGGUGGAGGCGCGAGGCGUGCCGCUCGAGGAACGAGUGCGCGUCGCUCAAGCGGAAGUCCUGCAAGGCGAACGGGACGUCGUGCAAAUGGAAGCGCAAGGCCAAGAAGUGCAAGGCCAGAUAG